AUGUCUGGAAAGCUCGUUCUGGUCACUGGAGCUACAGGAUUCAUCGCUGGCCAUGUCAUAGAGCAAGCUCUUGACGCUGGUUAUCGUGUUCGAGGAACUGCUCGGGCAGGCAAAUUACAAAGCCUCCAAGCCCUUCAUGUUCCUAACCUCAAGUUCGUCCAAGUCGACGACAUUGCCAAAGAUGACUUGACCAAGGCCCUGAAAGACGUCGAUAUUGUAAUUCAUGUCGCGGCGCCGUUACCCGGUGCUGCCUCGAUUGACGAUACGGUCAAUACCGCUCUUGAAGGCACCCUGAACAUCGUUCGUCAAGCAGAGAAAGCCGGCAUUAAGAAGCUUAUUGUUACGACCACUUUCGGAAACGUUAUGGAUCCUACCUUGUUCCCUGGCUUCGCUGGUCUGACACUUAACGACUCCCAAUGGGGUGAAACCACCAAGGAGGAGAUCUAUAAGCGCGCAGAAAAUCCAUUCUACACCUACUUCGCUGCGAAGAACCUGGGCGAGAAGGCCCUCUGGGACUUCGUACGCGCACAUCCCCAUCUCGACGUCGCGACGGUCCUUCCAGGCUUUGUAUAUGGGCCAUACUCGAAGGUUCUGCCUAAGCCCAAGUCCCUUCAGGAGCUGGGUACCAACACCUUCGCCUACAACGUCCUAAAGGGUGUGAGUUACCCUCCGGUCGCCCCACCUUUCGUCGUGGACGCACGCGACGUCGCUCGUGCUCACAUCCUCGUCAUCAACCUGCCACCCUCUUCGGACAUCGGCUCCAAGCGCUUCCUUGUCAACGCUGGGAACUUUACCUGGAAGCAGACCGCAGAGCACUAUAAGCAGGUGUUCCCUAGCGAGAACGUCCUCGCUCUCGAUGGAUUCCAGGACCUUCCAGGAACACCCUCUGUCUUGGAUAGUACGAAGGCGAAAGAGGUUCUUGGCCUCAAGCAGUUUGUCGAGCCAAAGAAGACCAUGGAGGAUGCUGCGAAGGAUUUGCUGGAAUUGGCAAAGAAGUGGUAA